AUGUCUCCCGAUGAAGGCCCAGAACACAAACGCCGCCGACUUGAUGCAGCAAUCGAUGACUCCUUGGAGGAUUACACUCCCUCAGAGCCAGCGGAACCUACUGAUGAAGUUGACACUCCGGGAAAUCCAUCUUUCCCAGCCGCUGCUCCUGCUGCCUCCACGGCUCCUGAACCUCCAGAACAACCAGCAGUACCAGAACACCUUUUACCGGCUGUUCCUGAACACCUGGAUGAGAUGUCCGAUCAGCCGGAACCUUCGAUUGAGCCUGAGCCUCCAAGUGUUCCUGCAACUCCGAUGAACCUUGACCCUGCCGAUCUUCCAGUACCCUUGGAGAAACUUGAUGAUAUCAGAGUCACCAUCUUUCGUGAGCCAGGACAAGAACCUUCGGCGACCACCGACCACUUCAAGACGGAGAAUGUGUUCAAGAGACACUCCAAAGAAGCCGCCAAGGGUUUACCUCCAAAGUGGGUUGGAUGCACGAUCUUUCAGAUCAAUGCCGUGACUCGCAUGGAACUUGGAAUGACUGCAACCUUGUCCUCCAGUUCUCCCACAUCCGUGAAGCCCAUCCGAAAGGCCGCUCAGCACAUGAAGAACCAGCAGCUCCGACACAUCAAGAAAGAGAAAAGCAAGUCGGAAAUCAGAGAAAAGAACCUCACACAAGCAGAACAACAGCUAAGGCUGACACAGGAAGGUUGGACACCACAUGACCUUGACCCAUGUCUUUUUAUACUUCAUCAUUAUCAUGAAGAUGGCUCCUCUGUUCCUUGUGGCCUGAUAGCACUUCACGUGGAUGACAUGCUUGGAGCUGGUGACCGCGGCUGUGCCACCUAUAUUGCAGCUGAACGACGCCUGAAAGAAGUUUUUGAGUUUAGAAGUUGGCAAGAAGAUCAUGAAUCCAUGGAGUAUUGCGGUGUGAUCCACAACCGAAAAGACUUCACCUGGAACCUGUCACAAAGCCACUUCUUGCACAAGGAAGAGUCGAGCUUUGAGGAUGAGUAUGUCUCGCAGGAUGAAGCCGCCGACACUGGACCUACAUCAUGGCCGAGUUCCAAGUCCUUGAGAACCCCAAUGGCAAUGAUGAUCUACUUCACACAGAUCAAGGCUGUUACGGCAGAGUCCACAGGUGACUUCACGCAGUUGAAGCCAGAUGGUCUUUGUUUGGCUGGCGACGAGCCUGCUGAGGAAUGGUCCAUUUUGACCUACUUGUUCCUCUUCAUCCUCUUCACCACCCUCGUUGUGAGCUACCUGACUUACAAGCUGGGCAGAUUUCAUGAGCACCGCCGACAGGUAAACGACCUGAAGGUCAAGUUGAGGGUGGCACAAACUCGAAAUGAACGACACUUCGACAGUGCGUUGGACGACCAAUGCCUGUUCUUCGACCGCCGCAUCUCCCAGCUGGAAAACGAUUUGGUGAAAGCUGCUGAGGCCAACGCGGAGACCCGCCGGCAUCACAACGAGAUGAUGGAACAAUGGCGCCUAGAACAGCAAGAAGCCGAAGAAAUCGACCAGUCCUUUCGACAAUGUCAGGCUUUUCUGUCGCGCUGCUACCGGGAACUCCUGGACCAUUUUGAUGAAGAUUGCCCUCUCACCACGGGCACCCAUGUGACGCCCUUCGGUCACACCUUCCACGUCCGAGCUGAUUGCCAUGGCCUGAAGCAGGCUCACCGUGUUGAUCGACGUCCUUGUUGCGCUUUUUGCAACCCCACUCCUCAGACUCCUCACCGAGUCAAUAGCUUGAGCGGCACCACGCUUCAGGAAGACAUGAUGUCCUGGAGGCAAGACUAUGGCAACCUGCCAUAUGAGGAAUGGAUAGUCGACUAA